AAUGUUAACUAACUAAUUUUACUUAACUAUUAAUAACCUAAGUGGCCUUCUCUUAUCUUCGGGGGGUUGAUUCUGGUCUUUUUAGGUCAAAAGAAAGAGAAAAGAGGAAGAAGCGAGAGGGAGAACACGUAUCGGCAAUCUUUAGGGACUCUUGUAACGGCUAGGAACUAAAAGUGAUCUGUAAUUAUGACCAGCAAAGAAGAAGAAUAUGACUUUUUAUUUAAAGUCGUCCUCAUCGGAGAUUCCGGUGUAGGCAAAUCAAACCUUCUUUCUCGUUUCACUCGUAAUGAGUUUAACUUAGAAAGUAAAUCAACAAUCGGAGUUGAGUUUGCCACUAGGAGCAUUAAAGUGGACGGGAAGGUAGUCAAGGCUCAAAUAUGGGAUACUGCUGGUCAGGAGAGAUACAGAGCUAUAACCAGCGCUUACUACAGAGGUGCUGUUGGUGCUCUGGUAGUGUAUGAUAUUGCUAAACACAUGACUUACGAGAACGUGGAGCGAUGGCUGAAGGAACUGAAGGAUCAUGCUGAUACCAACAUUGUCAUUAUGUUGGCCGGCAAUAAGUGCGACCUCAGGCAUCUUAGAGCAGUCUCCACUGAAGAAGCCAAGAAAUUUGCAGAGCAACACAGUUUGUCAUUCAUUGAGACUUCAGCACUUGAUUCCACUAAUGUAGAGGCUGCCUUCCAGAACAUUCUGACAGAGAUCUAUAACAUUGUUAUCCAGAAGGCUCCAGCUGAUGGAGGUCAAGGAGGAGGUGGUUCCGUCAGCGAAACUAAAGUCAUCAAAAUUGACGACCAGAAAGACGAGAAGUCUGGAUCGAAAAUGAAGUGCUGCCAGAAAGGAAACUAGUAUAUUCUAGUAUAUCCUAGUAUAUCCUAGUCUUUUUCUCAUCCUUUUCUGCUGCCUUUUUGUCGUCUUCAUUUUGUUUGUCUUUUCUCAGUGAUAUUUAAAA